UAUCAUGACUUACGCGGUUCGAAGCAGUCCGGCGAUUCAAUGCAAAUCUUGAUCCUAGAUCGUCAUGACUCCUUGGUCGCCGGACUUGAAUCCCCUUAACUUGAGCUUCUGUCUUUCCAUAUUUCUCAUCCGACCAUGUACCAAUUCCCAGUCAGCGACCGAAAGAGACUUCACAAAGGGAAUACACCGACGCUCCCGCAGACAAACUACUGCCAGUUCUGUCCGGCAAAGUUUACUAGGGCGACCCAUUUGCAGCGGCAUAUUCGUUCUCAUACCAAUGAGCGCAGUCAUCGAUGCGAUCUAUGCGGUGCCCAAUUUACGAGGAGCGACGUUCUCUCGCGCCACAAGAAAACCUGUAGAGAUCCUAUGGUAUCCAGUCGCUCGAGACAGAAGUCCUGUCAGGCAUGCGCCGCCUCUAAAGUCAAAUGCGACCUCGAGUACCCAUGCUCGAGGUGCGUUUCACGCCACGAGACUUGCAUCUUCCUCAAUGAUCCUGCCAUUUCCCGAGAGAAAAGGCGCAACGCUAAGGAGCGCUCUAUGACUUCCAGCCCAGACUGCCGUCAAAGCUCCACUGAGUCUGUUUAUGAGUCAUCCGCAUCCUCCACGCCCUCUCCGACCUCGGAGGACUCAUCGUCGCCUAGAUUUUAUUCUUCGCCCAAUACUCCUGACCUCGGGUAUUCUGGUUGCAAGGAAGAGGUCUGGACAUCACUUGACGGUCACGGCAAUUCGUAUCCUCGUUGGCCACCUUCAACUUCCAGCAGAGAAUACAUGGAUUUCUCGUGGCUGGGCGUUGACAAUUGCUCUGGAGAUGAUGAUAGCUAUUACUCUUCCAUCCCUCCGUCCGUGACAGUACCACAUGAAAUGUCUACUGGUACCCAUUCCACACUUCCUUACAUAGAUCCUACACGGUUUGGUAUGUCGAUUUACGACGUUAGCUCUACGACUAGCCUGUAAAGCACCUUGUUUUUCACAACUCCUGUUCCUAUUUCGGUCCUGGGAAACCGAAAACUUCUUAACAAAUCUCGUCUUUC